AUGAAGGCCGCCCAGAGCUUCCGCGCUCUCGCAGCGCUCUCGAGCAUCACCGGCAGCUUGGCAGUCACCAAUUCUUCCGCUCCAAGCAAUGGCAACGGCACAGUCACUGCCGCCGAUUCGCAUGCCCCGAUCCUUGGAGAUGGCACUGUGUCGCUCGGAAUGGCCACCGACGCCUUCAACAAGGCAAAGGCCAUGGUUGACCAAAUGACCAAUGCUGAAAAGGUCAAGGUCAUUACCGGACAGGGAGUUACUUCCGCCAAUAUCUCUUGGCCCGGUCUCGUGAGCAAGGACGGUGUUGCUGGUAUCAACCAGAACUUCUUUGUCUCCGGUUUCGCUGAGCCCAACGCUGCAACAAUGACCUGGAACAAGACCCUGUACCAAUUGCACUCCAAGGCUCUUGGUGAGGAGUUCUACGGUUCCGGCUACAACUUGAUCAUGGGUCCGGUUGCCAGCCCUUUGGGUCGUGACCCUCUGGGUGGAAGAUCGCCCGAAGGAUUCUCUCCUGACCCUUACCUGUCCGGAAUCAUGUUCGGCGCGGCUACCGCUGGUAUCAACUCUGCCGGUGUCAUUGGUGUCGGUCGACACUACAUCCUCAACGAACAAGAGACCAACCGUAUGAACGGAGGAUACUCUGCCAAUGCCAACGACAAGACCAUGAGCGAGGUCUAUGUCUGGCCCUUUGCUGAUGCCGUCUACAACGGUCUCAUGGGUGUAAUGUGUGGUAUGAACAAGGUCAACGACAGCUUUUCCUGCGAGAGCGACAAGGGCCUGAACGGCUACUUGAAGACCAACGCUGGUUUCCCCGGCUUGGUCAUGCCCGACGUCAACUCUCAACACACUGCCUUUGGAUCGGCCAACGGUGGACUGGACCGUGGCUCUGCCGGACUGUGGAACGCAGUCACAAUCCUGAAGGGUCUCCAGGACGGCGACCUUACCCAAGAUCGUCUGGACGACAUGGCCGUCCGUAACAUUAUUGGCUACUACUUUGUUGGUCUCGAUGAUGGCCUCCAGCCAGAGGCCGGCAGCUCCAUGAUCGACCGCGGUGUCCGCGCAAACCACUCGCAGGUCAUCAGGCAAGUCGGUGAUGAGGCUCUCAUCCUUCUCAAGAACGACAAGUCCACUGGCGGAGGAUUGCCCCUCAACAAGCCAGCAACUGUUGCCCUCUUUGGUGCCCACGCUGGUCCCUGCAUGGCCGGACCCAACCAGGGUUUCUCCGUUGGCGGAACCCCGAGCGAUAUCUACCAGGGCCAUCUUGCCACCGCUUGCGGCUCCGGUGACGCAUCCUUCUCGUACCUCAUUACCCCCUUCGAGGUUCUGAACCCUCGCAUCGCUGAUGAUGGCGGUAUGAUCUGGUGGGUGCUGAACAACACCUAUACUCCUUCCGACUUUAGCGGAUUCCCUGGUGGCGGUGGUCCCGGUGGCGGUGGCCCUGGAGGCCCUGGCGGCGGCAACACCAACAACUCCAUCGUCGCCCGCCAAGGACCUGGUGGCCCCGGAGGUGGUUUCGGUGGCGGCACUGGUGCUACCCCCAGCAUCGACGCCUACUCUCAAAACGCCGACGUUUGCCUGGUCUUUAUCAACUCGUGGUCCGGCGAGGGUGCCGACCGUCAGGAAAUGUCCAACGUUGACCAAGACAACCUCGUCAAGUCCGUGGCCGAGAACUGCAACAACACCAUUGUCGUCGGUAACUUUGCCGGACCCCGUGUGUUGGAUGAGUGGAUUGAGCUCGAGAACGUCAGGGCUGUCCUCUACUCUGGACUUUUAGGACAAGAGAGUGGCCGUGCCAUUGCCGAUGUCCUGUUCGGCGAUGUCAACCCCAGCGGAAGAUUGACGCACACUAUUGCCAAGAACGCCUCUGACUACCCUACUCCCACCUGCGAGACCAAGCAGUGCAACUACACCGAGGGCAUCUACAUUGACUACAGGUACUUCCAGCAGAAGGAUAUUGAGGUCCGCUUCCCCUUCGGCUUCGGUCUUAGCUACACCACCUUUGAGUACGGUGAAGUCUCCGCCACCGUCACCAACGCAACUGCGCUUGCUUCCAAGUACCCUACCGGCCCCAUCACACUCGGUGGACCCGAGGGUAGCUUCGACGAGGUCAUUAGCGUCUCGACAACCAUUGCCAACACUGGCGAUGUCGACGGUGCCGAAGUGGCUCAGCUGUACAUCAGCUUCCCGGCCGAGGCCGCCCAGCCGCCGCGCAUUCUCCGUGGUUUCGAAAAGGUCAAUAUCCCCGCGGGCCAGUCUGCUGAUGUGACCAUCAGCGUGCGCAGACGUGAUAUCAGCCACUGGGACAACAUUGCUCAGAACUGGGCUAUUGCCUCUGGUGACUACACCCUGUCCAUUGGAGCCUCCGUCGAGGACAUCAAGGGCAACACUACCAUCACCAUUACUGCCUCGUAG